AUGAAGAAAUGCUUUGUGCCAAGUUAUUAUGGGAAAGAUGUGCAUCAAAAACUCAGGAGACUUACCCAAGGCACGAGGGGAGUAGAGGAAUACUAUCAGGAGAUGGAAAUUCUUAUGCUUAAGGGUGGAGUAGAUGAAUCAGCUGACGCUACCAUGGCUCGUUUCCAGGCUGGGUUGAGCAGAGAUAUUCAGGAUCGCAUAGAGAUGUAUGAGUAUGAGGAUAUCUUUGAGUUGUUACACAAGUCCAUCCUCAUAGAGCAACAACUAAAGAGAAAGAAUCCAACCAAGGGCUCCUAUGGCAACAACUACAAGCCGUCCACUACCAAAGAGGAGAAACUAUUUGUGAAAACAAAGGAAGAACUCAAGGGAUAUCAGCAGGAUGAUAAGGGAAAACCAACCACCACAAGGUCCAGAGAAUUGAAGUGUUUCAAGUGCCAUGGCAUUGGGCAUUAUUCCAACGAGUUUUAUGACAAGGUCUGUAGUUUGGUGAUUGAUGGUGGGAGUUGUACCAACGUUGCAAGUGAAGCGCUUGUAGAGAAGCUUGGGUUGAAAACUGGAAAGCAUCAUAGACCUUAUCUACUUCAGUGGUUGAAUGAGCAAGGGGAGCUGAAAGUAACCGAGCAAGUGAUGAUUCCUAUUACUAUUGGGAGAUACCAGGAUGAGAUUGUAUGUGAUGUCUUACCUAUGGAUUCAAGUCACAUCCUGCUAGGAAGACCAUGGCAAUAUGACAAGAGGGCGAUUCAUGAUGGCUUUACUAAUCGCCACUCAUUCACUCACCGAGACAAAAAGAUUGUUCUUGCUCCUCUCUCACCCCAAGAAGUACACCAUGAUCAAGUACAGCUCAAGCUUAGGAGGAAAGAAGACAAGGACAAGGUACCAGCAUCACAAACAAAAGGUAUUCUUUUAACUGCCAAGUCUAGUGAUAUGAGAAAAGCAGUUCACUUGGAUCAGUCUAUGCUUUUGUUUGUUUUCAAGGGAGCUUUACUAACUUCUUCUGACAUUGCACCGGAGCUACCGAGUGGUUUUGAGUUUGUCAUACAGGACUAUGGAGAUAUGUUUCCAGAAGAGAAUCCAGCAGGGUUGCCUCCUAUUCGUGGGAUUGAGCAUCAAAUUGAUCUAGUUCCAGGUGCUUCCCUUCCAAACAAACCAGCAUACCGGACUAACCCUGAUGAGACAAAAGAGCUGCAAAGACAAGUUGAUGGGUUAAUGGAGAAAGGCUAUAUCCGAGAAAGCAUGAGUCCAUGUGCUGUGCCUGUGCUUUUGGGAAUCAAAGUUGACGAGGAGAAGGUGAAAGCAAUAAAAGAAUGGCCUAUUCCCACCAGUGUAAGUGAAGUAAGAAGCUUCCAUGGGUUGGCUGGAUUCUACAGGCGCUUUGUUAGAGAUUUUAGCACCAUUGCUGCUCCUCUCACUGAGGUUAUCAAGAAGAAUGUAUUGGAGCUGUUUUGA